ACCAAGCAGCACCAAGCGCCAUCCAUCCGCGCAGAUCAGCGAACCAGCACCCCGCCCAUCAAGCUUCGGCACGCCGCUGACGAUGGCUUCCAAAAAGUUCUUCGCGGGCGGUGCCGUAUUCGACCCGCUUGCCAUCAGCACAAUUGAGGACGACGAGGACGUGCCCUUCUACGACGACGAUGAGCUGCCUGAUGCUGAUGAAGGCAAUGCUGUCGCCGAGACCGUUUCCAAGCCGACCGAGGCCGUCGAGACAGCAAGGCCCUCCGCUGAUGGCAGCGGCGACGACGAUGACAGCGAGGAGCGAGAGCUUUCCAAGGAGGAGCGCAAAGCUCUAAAGCGCAAAGCCCGACAGGAGAAACGGCAGCGCAAGCAGCAGGCACAGACCGAGACCAAGGAGGCCAAGGCGACAGGCAAAGUUCCGGCAAAGCCACAGAAGAAGGGCCAGGGCGAAAACGAGAUGCAGCUCAACCCGAACUUCCUGUUCCAGGCCGACGGUGGAUUCAGUAUUGUCGGCCCUGGCCAUCCAUGGGACUUUACUGCGGCCAAAGCAGCCCUCAAGCUCCAGCAGAAGACUGGUCCUGGAUACUCAAGUAUCGACGACAAGAUUGCCAAGGCCCAGCGCCUUGCCAAAGAACGCACAGUCAAGAAACCAAGGGUCUCUGCCGAUGCUGCCGAUGCCCCUGCAGAUUCAGGCGAAGAGCAACUCCAAGGCGAUCGUGAGGACGAUGACGAUAAGGGCAAAGUGGAGCUCGACGAUGAAGACGGAUUUGACAUUGAUGGCGAGUUCGAGGCGGGUUCCGACGAGGACGAUGAGGAGCCAGAUGCCCUCGAAGAUGAUCUCCAAGGCGAAGACGCGGCAGAGGACGCGGAUGAGGACGGCGAUGCUGCUCAGGAGGAGGAUGGCGAAGACGAUAUCGAUGAGGAUGUCGACGAAGACGAAGAUGAUGAAGAUGAAGAUGAGGAUCUCAUCCAGGAAAAGCGCAAGGCCGAGUUCUUUGCCCAGGAUGUGCCGGCUGCGGCAGAUGCCAGCGAGAUCGAAUCGUUCACCCACAUGAAGAUCUCGCGCCCGAUUCUCAAGGGCCUCUCGGCCAUGGGCUUCACCAAACCCACAGCCAUUCAGGCACGAACGAUUCCAGUCGCCAUGCAGGGCAGAGAUAUCUGCGGUGCAGCCGUGACGGGCUCCGGCAAGACUGCCGCCUUUACCAUCCCUGUUCUGGAGCGACUGCUCUUUCGCCCAAAGAAUAUCCCUACCACCCGCGUGCUGAUCCUGGUCCCCACCCGUGAGCUUGGCGUCCAAUGCCACUCGGUGUGCCAGAACAUCGGCAAGUUCACCGAUAUCCAGUUUUCGCUCUGCGUUGGUGGUCUCUCCACAAAGGUUCAAGAAGUGGAGUUGCGAAAGCGGCCCGACGUCGUCAUCGCCACCCCCGGUCGUCUGAUCGAUCAUAUCCGGAACUCACAGUCAUUCAACUUGGACUCGAUCGAGAUUCUGAUCAUCGACGAAGCCGAUCGCAUCCUCGAAGACGGAUUCAAAGACGAGCUGAAUGAAAUCAUUGAAAACACACCCAAGGGCCGGCAAACCAUCCUCUUCUCAGCCACCAUGACGGACAACGUUGACGAUCUCGUGAAGCUCUCCCUCAACAAGCCCCUCCGGCUCUUUGUUGACCACAACCAGUCGAUUGCCAAAAAGCUCGUCCAGGAGUUCAUCCGUGUCCGCUCGCACAAGGAAGACUCGCGCCCCGCUAUCUUGGUUGCGCUGUGCCGCCGCACAUACAAAUCCGAGGUCAUCAUUUUCUUCCGGAGCAAGGCUGCCGCGCAUCAUAUGAAGAUCGUCUUUGGACUGCUUGGACUGAAGGCAGCGGAACUCCAUGGCAACCUCACCCAGUUGCAGCGCCUGGAAGCCUUGGAGGCCUUCCGUGAUCACCAAGUGGAUUUUUUGCUCGCAACCGAUCUCGCCUCGAGAGGUCUCGACAUUGCCGGCAUCAAGACAGUCAUCAACUACGAUAUGCCCAAGAUCUAUGCCCAGUAUGUCCAUCGCGUCGGCCGAACAGCCCGUGGCGAGCAAGGCGGCCGGGCGGUAUCCCUUGUAGGCGAGGCCGAUCGCAAGGUGCUCAAGAUGGCCGUCAAGAACUCCCAGGAUCAAGUCAAGCACCGUGUCAUCCCGCCGUCCGUGGUUGCAAAGUUUGAGAAGAAAGUCCUCGCCCUCACGGACACCAUCAAAGACAUUUACCGUCAGGAGAAGGAAGAAAAGGAGCUGCGACAGGCUGACAUGGAGAUGGCCAAGGCCGAAAAUAUGAUCAAGUACGAAGACGAGAUCCGCAGCCGGCCUGCCAAGACAUGGUUCCAGACAGAGCAGGAGAGGACAAAUGCCCGAGCCAUGACUUUGGUAUCGAGCCCUGGAUGCGCUUCAGCGAAUAGCCAGACAUCCCAGUUUGAAUGUCGAGGGUCGGAUAAGCCACAGCGCGGCAAGUUCGACGGUCUCUCGCGCCACCAGAAGCGAACUCGGCUUGCGCGCGAGGAGGAUGCCAAGGAACUGGGUGCCCAAAAAGCGGCCGCUCGAUCAGCGAAACGAGGCCAGAGACAGCCACGCCUGCAUGCCAUCUCCGAGGGCUCUGCGAGUAAAGCUGGGCCGGCUGCUAAAAAGAAGAAAGCCGAUAUCUUUGGCGACGAAAUGAAGAAGGCAUCGGCUGGAAAGAAGUCUGGCAGCGGACGCAAGACCAGCAGCAGCGCGGCAUCGACCAAGAGCGAUGCUCGAGCCAAGCCCAGGCUCGGCAAAAUCAAGUCCAAAAACGCAUUCAAGAGCAAGUCCCGGUACAAGCGACGAUAGUCUCUCGGCCACUGGUCACUUUGCUCGAGAGAAGCUGCUCUCGGCUCAUAAUACUCAAUGGCAAUACAGAUCCACCUCCCGGCACAUUCCCGCCUGCACCAUCGAACCCUUGCCCCAUAGACUAUCCCAAGGCACUCUUUCACAGUAUCCAGGGCCGCACAAAGUGGAUUGUGCCCAAUCGCGAUGAAAAGCA